GGCCCUGGUGGCGAUGGUGAUGGUGAUUGUGUGCGUCCUUGCUCUGCUCCAUACUAUUGUCGUUAAAAUCCAACCCAACAUUCAUAAUAAUUAAACCAACAAUUCAUAUAUUUAUUAUUUAUUGUUUCAAACAAUAGCCAUUAGAUAAUUAUAAUAAAUAUAAAUAAUUGUGCUGUAAAUAAAAUUUUUACAAACGUGAGAACGGGAAUAAAUGAUAAUUAAUAACCAAGUAAAUUGAAUAAUUGCAGUUUAACUUGGGAACUUGUGAUCUUCGUCGAGAACACACCGUAAAAGUCAUUGAUCGUAGUUGUAGUUUUUUUUACAUCAGUGCCACAUAUUUUAGCAAACAAUAUUUUAUAUUUAAAUAUAUUAAGAAAUAUAUUUACUCUUAAAUAUUUAUAUAAAUUAUAAAAUAUAACCGUAAAAUAAUAUCCUUGAUGAAACGUGCAAUGAAUGGUGCCAAUGAAUAACCAACAAUUAAAUAUUUUAAAACAGUGUACUGGUAAUGAGUAAUGAGUUAGUUGAUAUAAAAUAUAUAUCGGAGGACGGUUAUUAAUUAUUUAAAACCGAUUCCGUGUGAUUGUUUAUAAUUAUAAAUAAUAAAAGUAACGAUGGCUGCUACAUUUGAUCAAUAUGACAAAUCCAGUUGGUACUUUGGUGCAAUGUCACGACAAGAUGCAUCGGAUUUACUGAUGGGUGAAAAAGAAGGUGGAGUUUUUUUAGUAAGAGACAGCACAUCAAUACACGGUGAUUUUGUAUUGUGUGUUAGAGAAGACAGUAAAGUCAGUCAUUACAUUAUUAAUAAGAUUCAACAAGCUGAUCAAAUACGCUAUCGUAUUGGGGAUCAAAUAUUUCCAGAUAUUCCAAAUUUACUGGCAUUUUAUAAGUUACAUUAUUUAGACACGACGCCGCUCAUCAGGCCAGCGCCGAAAAAAUUACAAAAAGUCAUUGCUAAGUAUGAUUUUGAAGGCAAUGACCAAGAUGACUUACCCUUUAGAAAAGGUGAAAUAUUAACAGUUAUAUCAAAAGAUGAAGAGCAAUGGUGGACAGCUAAAAACAACGUUGGGCAAAAGGGAUCCAUACCAGUACCUUAUGUCCAAAAGUAUGAAGAAGAAAACUCAGGUAACGCAGUCGACAGCUCAGGAAGUGGAGCCCAAGAAAUAAGUAGCGGCGGUAGUUCAGGUUCGAAUUCAAUAAAUUUAUCAUCACAAGCGAUACUACAGCAGUCGGCUAAUCAAGAUUCGGCAGCAACACAGCAGCAAGUAACUCGUCGUUCAAAUAUACAAAGAACAUUACCGGCAUUCGCUAAAGUUAAACAAGCACGUGUACCAAACGCUUACGAUAAAACUGCAUUGAAAUUAGAAGUAGGUGAUAUUAUUAAAGUGACUAAAACAAAUAUUAAUGGACAAUGGGAGGGUGAGUUGCAUGGUAAAACUGGUCAUUUUCCAUUUACACACGUUGAGUUUGUUGAUAAUGAAACGAGUGAAGAUAAUCAAGAGGUAUGAGAGAAUAUAUGAAAUAAUAUAUAUAUAAAUAACUAUUAUUAUUAUUACACUGUAAAAAAUUUUCGGAGUGAACGCAGAUUAAAUCCGGAGCGGGUUUGUUUAUUUAUUUAAUUCCCUUGGAGUAAAAUUUACUCCAAAGGGGAGUUUAUUUUUAAAUUUUAACUCCGGGUCAGAGUUAAAAUCACUUCUAAAAAAUUAUUUUAAGUCCGCAUCGGAGUGAAUGCGAAUUUAAAUAAAAUCCAGAUCACUCCGAAAUCACUCAUCUGAAAAAAAACUCCCUAUUUACUCCGAAUGCGGAGUUAUUUUUUUUUAACUCCGGAACUCCAAGUGAUGGAGUGAAUUAAGAUUUAAAUAAAAUCUAAUCACUCCGAAUUCACUCCCGAUUUUUCGCAGUGUAUUAUUAUUAUUAUUAUUAUUAUUAAUAAUAUUAUUAUUAUUAUUAAUAAUAUUAUUAUUAUUAUAAAUAUCUAUAAAUAAAAUAUAUAUGUUCUUCCAUGCGAUAAUAUCUUGAGGUUGUUACCAAUCAAAGAGUUAAGUAAUGUAUAAAAAAAGAUAAUUAUUAUAUCAUUUCAUAUUGCCAUUAGCUAUUGCGUAUACCAAUUUACAUGUACCAUUUAUUAAUUAAUAUUAUUAGUAAUUAUAUUAUUAUUAUUUAAUAUAAUAAUGGCAUUUGUCAGCAUGGAUUCCUAUAACAGUGUACAGAAAUUCCAUGGUAGUAAAAAAAAUUUUUAUUAUAUUUUAUACAUGUGCAGGAUAUUAAUAACAUUUUGUAAUUUUAAAUAGCGAUGACGUCAUUAUUAACUAAUUUAAAGUAAUUUUAUAAAAUUUUAAUUUGCUUGGUGGAUAAUAAUAGAUAACAAUUUUUUAGACUAAAACGUAAAUAAAUCAAUAAAUUAUAGGAUAUUAAAUAAAUACUCGUUAGCUUCGAUUUAUUUAAAACGACGAGUUAUGUAUACUAUUUUUAUUUUUUACCACUCGUUCAAUAAAAUCUUUUUAUUCUUGAUUUAAUUUGUCUUACUGAGACACCUUGAGUCGAAUUUUUUAUUUUUAAUUAAACUUUUUUUUGUCUGUUAUUUUAUUGCGUAAAAAUAACAAGUUACUUUUUAAAAAGUAUUUUAAAUCUGUGUUGGUUAAUAUUUAUUUAGUGUAAGUUUGAAACGUAAUGAGAAAAAUAUUUUCACAUUAACACUUCAAUCGGACUUUUUUUCAUGUUUGUUAGAUACCUUAAAUACAUAUUUAUAUGUAUAUAAAUUGGCUAGAUGUUAAUUUUUGAGGUAUUCAGUGACCAAGAUGUCUCAGUGUAAGAAAAAAUAAAACCGUAAAAUAUAUAAAUAUGUAUUUUGAAUUUAAAAUGUGGUAACUCAUACUAAGAAAAUUUUAUAACAGGUACUAAUACUUUAAAAACUAUUAUAUAAAAAUUAAAAUGAGCUUAGAAAAAAAAUUUUUUAAUUGAAUUUUAUUUUCAACAUUUAUCGAUACACAGAAAAAAAAGUUUUUCUUAAUGCAAGUAAUUUUUGCAUUGAGAAUUGAAAAUAAAAAUUUUUGGUGCGAGAAAUUUUUUUUGAUCCUGAGAAAAUUUUUGUUUUUAAUUCGUAAUGCAAAAUUUUUAUUGCGCCAAGAAAUCCUUUUUUUUGUAUAGGUUGGAAAACAUCUUAAAGAUUCAGUAUAUAAAUAUAUAUUUAUAUAUAUAAAAUUAAAAAUUAAUGGAUUACAAGGUGUCUGAAACAAAAAUCACGAUGAGACAUUUUUUAUUUUAGAAAAUUAAAAAAAAUGACCUAUUAAAAUUUUCGAAGUCUUUUGAUGAAGUUUUAAAAAAUUUGUAACUUAAAAACUCCUAUAUCAAAAUGGUGACACGCGUUAAUAUCCCCGGACAAAAUAUCCCCGACAAAAUAUCACAAUAUUUCAAAAUUUCUGUCAUGGUUUUCCUCGUGAUGGAAGAAAAGUCCCAAUCUCAGGGUAUGACGUGUUUUGAGCCUAGCACGAUAACAAGCUAUGUAUUGGCCUAUUUUCGAAUAAACACACACAAAAUCCUAAAAAAAAAGGUACAACACGAUAAUACGCUAAUUAGUGUUCUCUACUAAUGUUUUUAAUUAAUAGAAAAUUUUUUAUUUAUAUGCUUUAAUAGGCAAAGAGAAAGCAAUAGACCUUGCAGGCCAUCCCUGAAAUUUCCCAUCUUGGACCUAAAAGGCAAUGGACCGAAUCUAAUAAUAAAAUUAUUUUUUUAUGUACCUGAAGAUCGGAACGUUUCUCGCGGAACGAAAAUAAGCAAAAAGGAAUGAAAAGUAAAAAUUCUACUGGAUCUAGAUUUCGGAAAUGUUUCUCACGUCACCCGAAAAUGACAGGCCACCCCCCAACUACCCCUUGAGUCGCCUUUAGACACAAAUUUCAUGUAUCAUUUCGAUGCUCGUUGCGUGAAAAACGUUCCGAUCUUUAAGUGCAUAUUUUUUUUUCAUAUUUCGUCACAGGGAUAUAUUGGUCCUGGGAUGUUAACGCACGUAACCACUUAAAAUAUAUAAAUUUGCCUAUUAAAUUGUUUUUAUUUCCACAAAAAUAAAUCAAAAUAAAAUAACAAAUCGUCCCCUUCCUGGGUAAAUCUCGUAACUACUUUUUUUUCAUAAGUUAAAUUAUCACCGAAAAACAUUCUUUGGUACUGCUAUUGCGCAAAAAAAGCUUCAAAUUUUAAUAAUUAUAACAGAAUAUUCGAGAGACUCUUUAAUUUUAAUAUUUCCAUUAACGCACAUGUAACAGAAUAGAUGUUUUGACUGAUUUCUGAACAAAAUUAUAAUUUUGCAGUCACAAAGUUUAGAAAGGGGACGAAAUAAACAUUUAAAAAGUAGAUAAUUUAGUAUGGAAUCGUAUAAAAAAUAAAAUCAAAUGAGUUAAGUAAAAAAAGAAAAAUAUUUCUUAUAAACUAAAUUAAUUAUUUAAAAUAAAAAAAUGUAUAUCACUUAAAUGUAAUUAUAAAUAUUAUUUAGAUGUACACCACUGUAAAUCAAUUGCAUUUAUUCAUUUAAAUAGAAACAAUAUAUUUUUCACUUAA